CUGUAAUUAGAUCUCUGCUUCAAGAUUCAACCCAUGUGUCAGCAGCCUGGAGCCUCAAGAUGCCUCCAGUUCGCCUCCUGUUAGAAAUUUACCCAGUGCAUGGUGGUGAGGUCUCACUCAUGCUGCAUGCCUGGACCUUGGCAAGGAGACUCAAGUGUGGAGAUCAGACGCUGACCAGUUCCCGUUUACCAAUUCCGCUGCUGUGGCAUGCAAGCCAGUGCAACUCCAAAUAUGAAGCUCCUGCACGUGUGCCACCUGGCUAAGCUUGCCUUUUCGUCAUCGCUCAUCGCUGAGAUACUGGCACAUGCCACUUUCUCGGUUAUAUGCCGAGCAAGAACGUCUUGCUUUUGAUAAUGAAUAAAUUUGUUAUACAUGUAAAAUCUACUUGGCAGUUGCCUUGGAUGCUGUGAUAUCUCAAAGUACAUAUAUUAGUUGCCACAACUCUCUCCUGGACCUCGCAAACUGGUGCUGCAAGUGGCAUAGAUCAUCUAACAAUAAACUAAUUGAUACUGGGGACUGCAUCUGAGAUCAGCCUACCAUUAAACAAUCAUACACCAGAAUAGCAAGUCAGAGUCUACUCGGGAGUCUCAAACAAAUAUAAGGCUGGUUCUGGCAUUGCCUUGUAUCUGAAUGUUUGACAGGAACACUUCCCCAUCUCCAGUUCCAUGCUUCUUCUCAUGGAGAACUUACUUGCGCUGAUAUUUGUUCUUCUUGGCUUAGCUCUGUUUUACUUGGGUAACAUCCUAUGGCUAAGACCGGAGAAGAUAAGGAAGAGGUUGAGAAGGCAAGGAGUGAAGGGUCCCAGGCCUACUUUGCUUGAUGGCAACACCAGAGAGAUGAAGCGUAUCCGACAUGAGCUCAAGCCUAUGAAGAAGCAAGACAGCAACAACUACAUUUCCACCCUCUUCCCUCACCUCCUUAUCUGGAUGGAAACUUAUGGCUCUGUAUUCCUGUACUCAUCAGGAGGUCGGGAGAUAUUGCAUGUUUCUCAGCCAGAUAUGGUGAAGGACAUAGGCCACUGGACACCAUCAGAGCUUGGGAAGCCCAAUUAUCUGAGGAAAUCUCGCAAAGCUCUUCUUGGAAGAGGCAUAUUUACGGUGAAUGGCAAUGAAUGGGUCUAUCAGAGAAAUACCAUGGCGCCAGAGUUCUUCAUGGACAAGAUUAAAGGUAUGAUACAGCUGAUUGAGGAUUCAACUGCUCCGUUGUUAGAAGUAUGGGAGAACAUUCUUGAUAGUGCAGGAGGGAGCAAGGAGAUAGUUGUCGAUGAUUAUGUGCGGAACAUCUCAGCAGAUGUAAUCUCCAGGGCUUGCUUCGGCAGUAGCUUCUCAAAAGGUGAGGAGAUAUUCUGCAGGCUUAGGAAGCUUCAAACGGCAAUUUCUCAACAGGAUGCACUUGUAGGACUCUCUGCACUGUGGAAGCACCUGCCUACCAAGAGCAACCGAGAGAUACGGAAUCUGGUUGAGGAAGUUAGGCUACUGAUCCUGGAGCUAGCAAAGGCCACCACGAAUAACAAUGGAGCUGAGCAUUCGGGCACUUAUAACAGUCUUCUGCAUGCCAUCAUCAACGGUGCAAGUGGGCCUGGCCAUGGUGGCACCUCCGAGGACUUCAUCGUCAGCAACUGCAAGGCCAUCUACUUUGCAGGGCACGAGACCACGGCGGUUACCGCCGUUUGGUGCCUGAUGUUACUGGCCACACACCCGGAGUGGCAGGAGCGUGCCCGUGUCGAGGCACUGGAGGUUUGCCAUUCGAGGAGCACAUUGGAUGCCAAUGGCCUCCAACGACUCAAAACUCUGACGAUGGUGAUCCAAGAAACUCUCCGUCUGUACCCACCGGCAUCGCUGAUGUUGCGUGAAGCUCUGACGGACAUCAAGAUCGGCGAACUGGACGUGCCCUGUGGAACGAUCCUCCAGGUGACAAGAUUGAUGCUGCACCUUGACAAGGAGGCCUGGGGCUCGGACGCCGACGAGUUCCGCCCCAGCCGGUUCGCCAAUGGCGUGGCCGCAGCGUGCAAGCCGUCGCAUAUGUACGCGCCGUUCGGGCUCGGGCUGAGGACCUGCAUCGGGCAGAACCUGGCGAUGGCGGAGCUGAAGGUGGUCCUGGCACGCCUGCUGAGCAGGUUCGCCUUCUCGCCGUCGCCGAGGUACCGGCACGAGCCCGUGUUCCGGCUGACCAUUGAGCCUGGGUUCGGCAUGCCGCUGGUGGUGACAAGGCUGUGAUCUUCAUCGUUGAUUUGUAUUUGUAGGGCCUGAACAUUUUCGCCUAUCUUGUGUAAGCUUGUCGAAACAGCCGGUUCUUUCUAUGCAACAAGAGAGUACGUUUUUGAA